UUUCAGGAUGUGUGCUGCUGUGUUUUUCUCGAUAGCCUACAUCUCGCUUGCGUCAGUUCAUUCUAAGCUGCGGAGAGUUUCACACUCGCUCAUUUACUCAAGGCACUGAAUCUGACUGCAAGAAAUCAGCGAUGGAUGAUUGGGCUGACUUUGAGAAUUUUUUCAAUGAGACGUACAAUGAGGAGCCCUAUGAAGGCAGCAUCGUAACCGCGGAGGUAAUUUUAUGCAAGAAAACCGAUGUGAUUCGAUUCGGUGCUGCAUUUCUUCCAGCGUUUUACUAUACUAACUUCUUGCUGAGCUUGGUUGGGAAUGGACUAGUGCUGUGCAUCAUCUACAAGUUCGAGAAGCUCAGCACGGUCACCAAUAUCUUCUUACUCAACCUGGUGAUAUCAGAUCUCAUCUUCGCCUCCAGUCUUCCCUUUUGGGCAGUCUACCACAAAUCCGAAUGGAUCUUCGGUAGGGAUCUUUGCAAGUUUGUCGGCAGCUGUUACUCCAUUGGCUUCAACAGCUCCAUCCUUUUCCUCACCCUCAUGACUUUUGACCGCUAUUUAGCCGUGGUCCACGCCAUCGCAGCAGCCCAGAGCAGGAGAAUGGCAUAUGCAUUCGGAUCAUCCGCCGCGGUUUGGGUGCUCAGUAUUGUGGCUAGCAUCAAGGAUAUAGUUCUGUACGACACAGUGAAAACAGAAGAUGGUUUGCUUUGCGAAGUGACCGGUUACUAUCAGACAUUCCUCACAAAGUGGGAGCUUAUCGGCUAUUAUCAGCAGUUUUUCCUCUUCUUUAUGGUUCCUCUGAUUAUCGUUUUGUACUGCUAUGUUCGGAUCACCAUCAGAAUCAUGUACACGAGACUGAUGGAGAAGUGCAGGGCGGUCAAGCUCAUUUUUGUCAUCGUCUUCACCUUCUUCAUCUGCUGGACACCUUACAAUGUUGUCAUCCUGUUAAAAGCUAUUAAGACGUCCUUCGGAAACCAGAACGAUUGCUCGAAUGCUCUCGAUUACGCGCUGUAUGUGACUCGCAACUUUGCUUAUCUCUACUGCUGCAUCAGUCCUGUCUUCUACACUUUUUUGGGGAAGAAGUUUCAGAGUCAUUUUCUGAAGCUUCUGUCCAAGCGCAUACCGUGUCUGAAGAUUGAUGCCAUGUGGUCAACGCAGAGCAGUAAAAACACGUCAUUCAGGAGUCCAAAUACUGAUUUUUGAGCAUUUUUGGUGGCGGACAGGUGAACAAAUGAUUUGUUUAGAAAUGUGUGAUUGAGAGGACACAAAUUAUCAAGAGUCUGAAAUCCAAUCUUCAUUUAAAGGGAAAGUUCACCCAAAAAUGAACCUUCUGUCAUCAUUUACUCACUAUUGACUUCUUCCAAACCAGUUUGAGUUUUGUUGUGAAGAUAUUUGUUGAAGAUGUUUUUAAUUGUUAAGAUUGUUAAGAUGUUUUUGUUGAAAGAAGAUGUUUAAAAGAACAUUCAGAAAUUCAUUCAUUCAUUCAUUUUCAUCCGCUUUUCUGGGGCCGGGUCGCAGGGGCAGCAGUCUCAGGAGAGAACCCCAGACUUCCCUCUCCCCAGACACUCCCUCCAGCUCCUAUGGGGGGACCCAAGACAUUACCCCGCCAGCCGAGAGACAUAGUCCCUCCAGUGUGUCCUGAGUCUUUCCAGAGGCCUCCUCAUGGUGGGACAUGCCUGGAACACCUCCCUAGGUAGAACCCCGGUUGGCAGAGCUCCUCACCCUAUCUAUAAUGGCACGUUUCCACUGAGUGUAUCCGAGAUCUUGUCCUUUCAGUCAUGACCCAAAGCUCAUGACCAUAGGUGAGAGUAGGAACGUAGAUUGACCAGUAAAUCGAGAGCUUUGCCUUUCGGCUCAGAUCUUUCUUUACCACAACGGACCGGUACAUUGACCGUAUUACGGAUCUGCCUGUCAAUCUGACGUUCCAACCUUCCCUCACUCGUGAACAAAAACCCUUAGAUAAUUACACUUGGGGUAAGGACUUUCCUCCAACCUGGAGAUGGAAAACCACCUUUUUCCAGUGGAGCACCAAAAAACUCAAAUAAAUUGGCAGUUUGUUCAAACUACUUAUUAAAAGUGAGCUGAAACAACACAAUUCUUCAGUUUUUGGGGAACAACUUAAUUGUUUUAUGUUCAACUCUCUUAAAUUAGUAAAAACUAAUAAGCUAACUUAAUUUCUUCAUGUUGUCCCCACACAAAUUGAUUGCGUGGAACCCAGCAAUUUUUACAGUGAAUGUUAGAAACCUGUAGCCACUAUUGACUCCAUAGUGUUUGAAAGUCAGUGGGUACACGUUUUACAGCAUUCUUCAAAAUAUCUUCUUUUGUGUUCAACUCAACAGAAUCGCUAAUCAAAUAAUCGCUAAUCAAAUAUGCUGAUUUUAUUUUAUCGACUGUAAUGUAUUGUAUGUGUUGU